AUGAGCGGAGUUCAGCGGGCCGAGCUGGCAGCGCCUUUGUUCGCCGAGGGUUCAGGGCCGGAAGCGAGUGCCGCCCCCGAGGAUGCGGCGUGGUGCUUGGCGCGUGUCACCUUCAGCUGGGUUGGAGCCAUCAUCUCGGAGGGCUAUCAGCGCGAGCGCCGGCGAGCACAGGGGCAGAGCGACGAGCGCGCUCAAAUGUCGCUGACGGAUGCUGACUUGCUGGCCUUGCGCUCGGAUGACGAGCCAACGCAGCUCAGCCAAGCAGCGUUGGAGGCGUGGCAAGCAGAGCCUCAGGACCAGAAGUCCUUGGCAAGGGUGUUGCGGCGCGCCUUUGGCGCGCCCUUCAUGUUUGCAGCGUUCUUCAAGCUGCUCUAUGACACUUUGCAAAUGGUGGGGCCUUACAUCCUCAAAGACUUGCUGAACUACUUGGGUCGCUGUGGCAAGCCCGGGGAGUCCUGCGAGCUCGGCACGGGCAUGGCCUUGGUGGCGCUCAUGCUCGCCAGCGCGGCCCUGCAGACCUCGGUGCUGCAUCAGUACUUCCACCGCUGCUUCCGCACCGGGAUGCGCUUCAACGCCGCCUGCAUCUCUCUGGUGUACCACAAGGCCUUGCGCCUGGGGCCGGGCGCAGAUGCGGGGAAGGAGUCCCAACGCACCUCAGGGGAGAUUGUCAACUUGAUGGCCGUGGACUCCCAACGUCUGCAGGAUACAACCACUUACCUGCAUACCCUGUGGAGUGGUCCUUAUCAAAUUGUCAUCACCCUGAUCUUCCUGCAUUGGGUGGUUGGUUGGGCCACCGUGGCGGGUGUUAUGGUGAUGCUUUUGCAGAUCCCUGCAGUGACUGUGGUCGCUCGACGCAUCCGGCUUGCGCAGAGAGCGCUCAUGUCGAUCAAAGACGAGAGGAUCAAAGUCACCAACGAGGCCUUCGGAUCCAUUCGCCUGCUGAAGAUGUAUGGCUGGGAGGACUCCUUCGAAGCUCGCUUGGAUGGCAUCCGAGAGCGGGAGCUGAAGCAGCUUCGCAAGUAUCAGAUCCUCAACAUCAUCAGCUCGGCCAUGUGGGCCACUGCCCCCAUCCUGACCGCCCUGGCGACCUUUGCGGUUUAUUCGGCAUUGUACGGGGAGCUUACCCCAGCGACAGCCUUCACCGCGGUGUCGCUUUUCAACGUCCUCAGGUUUCCGCUGACCAUGUUUCCGAACACGGUCACCAGCGCGGUGGAAGCCAAGGUGGCCCUCCGGCGUUUGGAGGAGUUCCUCUGCUCACCGGAGAUCACCGGACGUGUGGACAAUCCCGGCCAGGCGGCGAUCAUCGCGCGGAGCGCGGACUUGAAGUGGCCGAACGGCACGGUUCUGCUGAGCCCCGCCAGCUUCACAGUUCCCGCGCCGGGCCAGGCCCAGGCACACCUCACCGUGAUCUUGGGCGCCGUGGGCGCGGGCAAGUCGGGGCUGCUGCAGGCCAUCAUCGGAGACUUGAGCCCCGUGGCCGGCGAGCUGAGCGUCUCCGGCAGCAUCGCCUACGUGCCGCAGGUGUCUUGGAUCCGCAACGCCACGCUGAAAGAUAACAUCAUCUUCAACAGCCAGUUCGAAGAGGACCGAUAUCAUGCAGUUCUCAAGGCUUGCUGCCUUCUGCCUGAUUUGGAGUCCUUGCCCAAUGGCGACCUCACGGAAAUCGGGGAGAAGGGUGUGAACUUGUCCGGCGGUCAGAAGCAGCGGAUUUCCCUGGCGCGUGCGGUGUACUCGCAGGCGGACUUGCUGCUCUUGGACGAUCCUUUGAGUGCGGUAGACUCACACGUGGCGAAGAGUCUGUUGAAGAUGUUCCGGAGCCCACUGCUAGCCAAGAGCUCCAUCGUGCUGUGCACCCACCACGUGCAGGCCGUGCAGUCUGCGGACCAAAUCUUGGUGAUCUCCAAGGGCUUGGAGGUGGAGAACUCGCUGCUGGAGGACAGCGAGCCGAGAGAAGCCACGGGGACGCCCCAGGUGGUCUUCUGCGGCUCUCUGCCCCUGUUCCGCGAGCGCUUCCCCAAGCUGACGCUGGCGGAAGCUUCCCCGGCGCUGGCGCGGCAGGUCAGCGAGGAGGUGGGGAUGACGGUGGCUAAGAGCACCGAGGCUGGGAAAUUGGUGCAAAAGGAGGAGGAGCAACUGGGCUCCGUGCCUGCGGACGUCUACUCCGCCUACAUCCAAGCAGCUGGCGGCUGGUGCCUGGCAGUCACGGUCCUGUCGGGAGUUUUGUGUGGGCAAGGGCUGCAAGCCGCAGCCAGCGCCUGGAUCUCCUAUUGGUCCGACCACAGCUCGCCGCAGAACCCCAACUACGUGUCCAGCUCGGUCGGGCUGAUCGGGUACACUGGCUUGAGCUUGACAGCGUUCCUGGGCAUUUUCCUCACCAGUGCACUUUUCCGGCUGACUGCAUUGAAGGCAGCACGGACUUUUCACCGCAGACUGCUGACCACUCUCCUCCGGCUGCCCAUGACGUUCUUUGACACCACACCCCUGGGCCGGGUGCUCAAUCGGUUCUCCAAGGACAUUUACACGGUUGAUGAAGUGCUGCAGAACAUCCUGUAUUCAUACCUGCAGGUUGUCUCUGCGGUGAUUUGUACCAUUGUUGUCAUCUCCUUUGCAACUCCUUGGUUCUUGGUCUUAGUGAUUCCUUUGUUGUACGUGUACCGCGCGACGCAGAACUAUUAUAUUCCUGCUUCCCGGCAACUCAAGCGCAUCGAGUCCAACUUGCGCUCCCCAAUUUUCUCCCAUUUUUCUGAGACGCUGGACGGCACCGCUUUGAUUCGAGCGUAUGGGCAGCAGCGCACUUUUGUUGCAGAGAACAUGGAAAAGGUGAGCAGGAACAUGCGGGCAUACUAUUCGAACUUCUCGUCGAACCGCUGGCUGGCUGUGCGACUGGAGACCAUUGGAGCUCUCAUCACCUGCUGCGCGGGGACAUUGGCAGUGCUUGGCCGGCACACCAUCAGCGCAGGUGUGGCGGGGCUGUCUGUGUCCUAUGCCUUGUCUGUGACCCAAGCGCUGAAUUGGGUGGUGCGAAUGGCGGCGGACCGGGAGACCAGCAUUGUGUCUGUGGAAAGGAUUCGGGAAUAUCUGAACCUGGACCUGGAGCCGCCGCAUCACCUUCCCUCAGACCCCACGCCAAAUUCCUGGCCGCGAGAGGGAAGCAUUGAGUUCCAGGACAUCUUCCUUAGGUAUAGGCCAGAGCUGCCGACUGUUCUGAACGGGCUCAGCCUUGAAGUGCGGGCUCGAGAGAAGAUCGGAAUUUGCGGGCGAACUGGCGCUGGGAAGUCCUCUGUGCUCAACGUGCUGCUGAGGAUCGUAGAGAUCGAGUCCGGCCGCGUCUUGCUUGACGGGCUCGACAUCAACACCCUGGGCCUGCACUGCUUGCGGCACAGCAUGACGGUCAUCCCGCAGGAUCCCAUCCUCUUCUCCGGGACCUUGCGCUUCAAUUUGGACCCGUUGAGCGAGUCCAACGACCAGAAGCUGUGGCAGGCCCUACAGCGCUCGCACUUGGCGGACCACAUCUCGACCCUGGAAUCCGAGGGAGGGCCCUCAGGGUUGGACGCUGUGGUGCAGGAGCAGGGCAAGAACUUCUCUCUUGGGCAGCGCCAACAGAUGUGCCUUGCCAGAGCGCUCACUCGCUCCAACUCGAUCCUUCUGCUUGAUGAGGCCACUUCCGCCGUGGAUCGCGACACGGACGAAUUGAUUCAGGGCACCAUCAAGACAGAAUUCAAGGAUCAUACGGUCCUCUGCAUCGCGCACAGAAUUUCCACCAUCAUGUACUCGGACAGGGUUUGUGUGUUGGACGCUGGCAAGCUGGCGGAAAUAGGACCACCACAGGAUCUCAUCAAGAACGCAGAGUCACGAUUUGCCAAACUGGCUGCACAGGAUGCAAUGGCUUGA